UAAUGGCUUUACUGCAUCAAGCGCACAGUUUUCUGUGUGUGGAUUAAAAACAUUAACAGUUGCUUAUGAUGAGUCAGUAAAGGGCCUGGUAGAUUUCCAGCCUGAUUAUGUCACGUGUGAUGUUUUGUACCAAAAUACACAUUCAUACAGUGGAACAAAAACCAGGUCCAAGAUGUGUCCGUUUGUUAUUUCCAGAUUUGGAUGAAAGAAAUCUUAAGCUCUCCUGGGCAGAUGUAGAACGCUUUGUCAAUCCAAGGGAAACAUUUCUUGCUUCGUUUUAGAAUAAUGUUGUAGACGGAAAAGAAGCUUAGAGCAGUGUAAUUAUAGUGUUAGUGUGUGUGUGGUUUUCUUUAAAGAAUAUCCUAGGAAAUUCCCCUAUAUACUUGUUACAUAAUAGACAUUUUCUAUUUUAAAGUUUAUGCAUUUAGUUUUAUUGCAAUUCUAAUAAUUUUAUGUGCAAUAUUCAGAUCCAUGCUCUCAUUUAUUGUGUCUUUUUUAACUUUUGCUCCACACUUUGUUUUAGAUUUACUGAAACAAAGCUAUUACACAAGUAACAGAUUAGUCACACUUUUAUUCCAGUGAAUAUCUCUCAAGUAAGGUUUAUUUUUGUAUGUUAAUUUCUGUAUAGACUACAGAAAGAUAUUGAACAUUAACACUCUUAUUAUCCAGGAAAAAAAAAAAAAAAAAAAAAGAGGACAUGUCUCAGUAGUGUUUUCACACUGGGGUAAGUUGUCACAAUGGAACCUGCCUUUAUUAUACACAUUUCAGCAAAAUUUAAAUAGUUAAUAAUCAAUUAUGAAGAAAAGCGAUGCUAAAUGUGAUGCACUAAUAUGUGACAAAUUGCCCCAACCUGCAAUUUAUGAACAAUACCCUUACCUGAAUAUGUACUGGUUUCAUUGUGUUAACUUGUUCCCCAAAAACUAAAAAUAUAUUGUCAUUUUAGUUUACAGGACAACAUUCACAAAAAUUAUUCUAAAAUAUGAAUGAAUCAAAAAUUCUAAACAUUAUUGUUAUAGUCUUUAUAGGACAACUUUUCUAUGUGACAACUAGCCCCACUCUCCUCAGUUGAAAAUACAAGUUAAUCAGUUCUGGUGUUGGGUAAGUUACUCAAAAAAAUAAAUUAAUUACAUUUUCAACAGUGUAAUUAGAUUAUGUACUAAUUACUCUCUCUAAAAAGAUAUUGGAUACUUAUUACUAAUUACUUUCUAAAUCUCAUAUCAACCUGACCAGUUGAUCAAUACAAGGAUAGACUGCAAAAACUGCACUUGUGAUUCUUUCAAAUAAACAAUUUGCAAUUGCAUAAAAUAUUCUUGAACUGACCAAAGUAUGUAAAGGGAGAAGAUUACAUUAAUAACAUUAAAUUUUGAUGUUAAAUCCACUAUUGUUUUAUAUAGAACUGUUCUAUACAGUAUUUAAUGCAGUUACAUCAGAAGUAACUGUAAUUUAAUUACAGAAAAGUUAGGAGUAAUCCCUUACGUUACUUUCCCAAGGUAAAAGUAAUUAAAUUACAAUAAUUAGAUUACUUAGUAAUUAAUUAGGCUACACCCAACACUGGUUCUGGAUGUAUCACAUUAUAAAAAAACAUAUUCUUGAAUUCAUUAGGUUACACAUAAACAAACACACUGUAAUAUUGAUUAUCACUGUAAAUAACUAUAUGCGUUGCUGUACGCUGAUUUGCGGCGUGUUCAGGCUGAUGAGUGGAAACAGAAAUCCACUGAAGCUCAAUAUGCAGCGUGACAUCACUCCGACAGCUGUGCUCGUUCAAUAGAUGGAGCAGUCGAGCUCUAUAAACGGGAAAAUCCGUGUCGGUGAGAAGCACAGCAGCUCAGGGACUCACCCAAGCCAAUGGAGAGCCUGUGCCCGCGGUUUGCAAAUCGUCAAUGUAGAGACUGGCAGUCCAUCAGUGCUGAGAGCCAACAGCUCGUGCCAUAUACAACACCUGCACGCGGCAAAUUCCCAUCAAAAGAUAAACAAAAACACCUCAGUUUCUUCUAGAAAGCGGGACAGAUCGCGGGAUAUACGUCGGAAAAGACAUUUUGCGAACAGCAUGAAGAAAAGCCAUUUGGUCAAAAGGGUGAGAAUUUCAUACAGGUCUUCAGGAUGCCAACCAGCCGUCGUCCCAACCAGACAAAGUAGGCUGGAUCCGCAGGUUCAGCGGCAAAGGAAUAUUCAGGGAAAUAUGGCGAAAUCGCUUUGUGAUGCUUAAAGGAGAUCAUCUGUACAUCUUUGAAAAAGAGAUGAAGAAUAAUGGGAAGACUCAUGAAGUGUUUGACCUGGCACAGUACGAGCGCUCGGAGGAACUGCGAAAGGCCAAGAGCCACAGCAAGAAGAACCACAGUAAAUUUACCCUGCUCCGCUGCCAACACCCUGGAAACAAGAGCCCCAAUCUUGUGUUUCUGGCCGUGAGUCCAGAGGAGAAGGAAUCUUGGAUCAAUGUUUUAAAUACAGCGAUUAUCAGAGCUAAGAAUCGCGUGCUGGAUGAGGUCACGAUUGAGGAGGAGAGUCUUCUGGCUCAUCCUACACGCGAUCGGGCCAAGAUCCCACUUGGGCGGCGUUUGCCUACGCGGGGUCAUCUCAUGGCUGUGGCCUCUGCCUCCUCUGAUGGAAUGCUGAUGCUGGACUUGGUGAAUGAGGAAGAUGCUGGUAUGCUCGGUGACGAUCAGGAUGAGUGGUUGAAGGACCAUCGGGUCAGCCUGGAUAAACUGGCUCCUGGCCGUCGGCGAGCUGGCACCGAUGCGUCCAGACCGCCGUCCUCCAUUACAGAGGCCAAGGUGAAAACCAGCAGCUUACCACGCAGGACAGAGUUCUCCUGGAGCCAUGAAAACCAGCCUCAGACACCUCAAAGUGAGAAGAAGUUAGCUCAGGGCCGUAACCGAUGUGCUUCCAUGGAUGACGCUCUGUCCCAAAGAGAGCGAAAACCAACUAGAAGGAAUGGGCACCAGGCGACGCUGGCCCAGAGUCCCACGGGCCACCUGCAGGAUCUGAUCACCCAGCGGCUGCAGAGGACUCAAGAGCUACUCACUGAGAUUCAAGAACAUGAACCCCAUCGGGGCAGGAUGGGAUCUUACCCCUACCUGAGAGGCAUUGACUCCCCCCGUCUCCGGCAUCUCAAGGGCUCUGACUCGCCACACUCCAAGGGCUCAAGCUCGCAUAGUUCGCCUCACAGCAAAGGCACAGACUCGCCCUCAGUGAGGGCGAAAGAUUCGCCUGGUUCCAAAGGGAAAGAAUCGCCACAUGUGAAAUCAAAAGACUCGCCCCGUUUCAAGUUGUCCAAAUCCCCUCAUUCCAAAAACUCACUUCGCUCAAAGAGCUUCGAUUCACCUGAUUCAAAAGAAUCAAGUUCACCUCAAAUGAAAUGCAUUGAUCUGACCCACAUCAAAGGUUCAGACUCGCCUCUGUCCACUGGCUCAAAUUCGCCCCAUAUGAAGUCGACAGACGGUGCUUUUUCUCGAAUCUCUUACUCGCCCCAUUUCAAAAGCAUGAAGGGUACUGAUUCUCCUCUCAGUGAGGCUUUGGACUGGGACAGCAGGAGGGCGGCAGCUGAACGGCUCUUACAAGAGGCCAUUUCCUCCUGGCGAGAAGCUAGAGAGGUUUUGGCUGAGGUAAAGGAGCUGCAAGCCAGACAGCAGCAGGCAGAGCACAGUAAAACUAGAACACCCACAACACCCUCAAAGAACCGCAAACAGAAAAGCACCUGACCAAAUCUUUAGUCAGUCAUAAUGUUUGAAUGCAAGGAAUGAGAACAAUAAUGUGGAACUUUCUAUUUUGCCCACAGCAAACCAGUGUUCUGUUUUAUCUCAGUCUAUUGUUUAUAUAUUAACUGUUGUUCCUCUGACACCUCAACCCUUUGUCUUUGCACUUUGAACUACUGUAUUUUUACUUGUGACUUCACUUUCAAGGCUGUAGUACUUCUGUUGGCAUUGGUAAUGUGUGAUGUUACUCAUGAUUAAAGUGGUUUAUGAUUCACUUUUUGCAAAAACAGCUCAGGUGAAAAAAAAAAAUGUUGGGAUUUGUGUGGAAAAGAGUGUUUCAGGUAAAAGUUAGCAGUGGGAACAUUAACGGUUUUUGGCAAGUCUAUCCUGCUCCCCAAUAUCAGGUGGGUUAAUCAUAAUUUGCAUUUCAAAAGAUAUUUGUAGAAUACCCCCCACCCCCUCCUAAAAUUACUAAAGAUGCACACAUUGUAAAAUAAAAUGCUUUUUUCUUGCUAUACCUUAGUUUUUAUUUGACACACUUUGAGUAUCUAAUAACUAACUAGUGCAGAGUUGUUGAUAGUAGUGGAUAACGAUACAGUUCACAAACUGUCGAUUCGAUAAUGUUCUUGAUUCGAUUCCGAUUCAUUUUGCUUACAUAUUCUUAGAUAUAGAAAUAAAUAAUAUAAGUAAAAUGAACAGGGCAGUAUUUCAGACCGAGUUAAAAGUCACUUCGUCUUUUUGAACUAUUUAUUGAGAGAACUGACUCACAAGAGUCAUUCGUUUUCGAUUCGGGAAUCGGGCUACAUUGGUAUGUUUCUGAUUCCCAAAAGAGCUCACUAGAGUCAUUUGUUCGUGAAUCGGUCCGGUCGCGUUGUAAGUUCGCGAUCGCGUGCAGUCCGCGAGAAGGAUAACUCGUAGAAAUAUGUUUCCCGCCAUUAUUUAGCGGUAUUCUACGAAGUCACAACUCAGGUAAAAUAUUACGUAUUUUUGAAUAUUAGUCUUUCAAACCAUUGAACUGCUUUUUUUUUGUUUUGUUGUUUUUUUGUAGUACGAACACAAAGAAUUUGGGUGAUUCAAACAUCAGUAGUGUUAUAACGCCACUUUGUCCAGUCUAAUUAGCAUUAACCAGAACUCAAUGUUUUGAUUUAACAAUAAUAAUAUGACAGAAUUAGAUUAAGUAUACAAAAUUAGUCAAAAGACUCAGAAUAACAAUGUAGCCUGCUAAAUUUGGGUUUGUCCUCUAGUGCACUGUUAUUGAUAAAUAUGUAAUUAGCCUAAAUUCAGUGCUACUUUAAUGAUUUGAUUAAUUGAGCAGACAUAGCUAUUAAACAACUGCACAAGGUAUACACACCAUUUGAAUCCCACGCAGUUUUGUCUUUUUGAACUAUUUAUUGAGAAAAUUGACUCAUAAGAGUCAUUGGUUUUUUAUUCGGGAAUCGGAGCCAGCUCAUAAGAGUCAUUUGUUCGCGAAUCGUCCCGUUCGCGUUGUAUGUUCGCAAUCGCGAAGGAGGAGUACUCAAUAGAAAUAUUUGUUUCCCGCCAUUAUUUAACGGCCUUCUACGAACUCGCAACUGAGGUAAAAUAUUAUGUAUUUCUGAAUAGUAUUCUUUCAAACCACUGAACUGCAUUUUUUGUGGUACGAACACAAAGAAUUGGAUUGAUUCAAAACAGUACUGUUGGAACGCCGUUUGUCCAGUCAAAUUAGUAUUAACCGAAACUAAAUGUUCCCUGUGUUUUGAUUUAACAAUAAUAAUAUGACAUAAUUAAAUUAUGAAUUAUACAAAAUUAGUCAAAAGACAGCACAAUAACACUAUUUUUCGUUUUACAAUCACACAAAUGUAUCCACAUGCCUCAGAAACAAGCUCUGUUGCUCGGAGAAUCUAGCUAGUUACUGCUCUUACACUUGAAUUGCAUCACUCUGAGAUUCAUUUUUCAUAAAGCAGGUUGACCCUCUCAUUUUAGAGGCCUGGUGUUGUUUUGAAUAAUUACAGUACUGAAUUUAAUGAAAGAAUACCUAUGAAUGGGAUACAUUGUGAUUUGAAGAAGCUGCUUAUUAACAUCUUUUGACUGUCUGGAGGAAUAGUAAUUAUGAGGUCAUAAUUACAGGCCUGAUCAUCAGUUACUGAUAUGAGCUGAAAUCAGGUGGGCGUGUGACCAGAGUCAACAAAUGCCCCUGUACUCUGUUUUGUGCCUUAAAAGAACUGCAUCUACGUUUAUUAUUGCAGCAGACAUGGCUCCACAUGAUUACAGUUUUUAUUAGGAAACACAAGUACCCAUUAGAUUAUGACUGUUCUGAAAGCCCAGAGUUUUAGCCAUAUUAGAUGACAAAAUGAGCAUAAAUCAUAGACCACUAAAUUAAUUAUGACUGUAAUCUAGGCCACAGCUAUCCAAAGCAGGCUUGAGUUCAGCAUGCCAGGCUUAACAUUCAAAGCUUAUUCACGUUGCUAAACGUACGGCUAAUUAAAUUUGGUUUAAGGCCAAGUGAGGUCUAGCAGAAAUCGUAGCGUACGUACAGCUUUUAACCUCACUGCACUACCACCCGCCCAUCUCACAUAUUCUUUAACAUUCCAUAACAGGAUUACCGUAACAGUGGCAGAUGAUUAUUCUGAUCAAGUGACAAAACUAAAAUAACUUUUUUAUUUUAAUAUAAUUUAAAUGUAAUAUGCAAAGCUGAAUUUUCAGCAGCCUUUGUGUCACAUGAUCCUUCAGAAAUCAUUCUAAUAAUGUGGUGAUUAUUAUAAUUAUAUUAAAUACAGCAAAUGCAUGCAGCACAUACUUUACAGUAGGGUAGCACAUCUGUUCAGUGAUGCAUCUAAUGCAUUCAGAUGCAUUCAGCCUAAGUAACAGCCUGUAUACACUAUACAUGUUAGUAUUCAUAGUGUACUCAUGUGAAACAUCGCUGACACACUUUAGGGUAUGACACAAAACUGAGUCAUUCUGUUGGCCCAGUUCCAAUCCAUGAUGAAUCCAGUUCUUUGUGUGGAGCUUCAAAAUCUUAUCAUCAGGAUCUGUGGCAUGGCGAAUGCAAAAAUGUUAUUAUACAGGGAAACUAAUGUUUAAAAUAACUCCCAGGUCUGCUCGUUGCAAAUAUUUCUGACAUGUAGUAUUCUUAACUUCAUGUUGCAAUAUUUUUCUUCUGUUUUCAUGCACUAUAUGAAUUGUAUCAUAUAAAGCAAUGCCUCACAACAAUUAACUGGCAAAUCUAAUCAAGAAGAACUACUUAAGAAACACAUUUUCUAAAUGCGUGUGCUGAACUGGUUCUGCUGCAUGACUAGAAUAAAUGAUUUAUAUCCCA